AUGAACGAGGCUGUAGUUUCAUUAUUCGAUAUCAGAACUCGAGAGAACAGCUCGAGGGUACAUAUUCCAACAUCUGAAAACAAUCUCAAACCAAAAUUAAAAAUCAAAAGAGUUGAUUUCAAAAAUCCGGACUUAAUAAACACAAAAUCCAGCACCACCGAAACUUCAGAGAAUGUAGCACCAGUUCAAAAAGAGCCCCUUGGUAUUCUGCACCCAAAUAUGUUUACAGGUCUGAAAAUUCUCAUAAGAAUUCAAGACACAACAGUACGGUCUCAGGUUGCGGCAUGCUUAAGUGCUAUUGGAGCAAAAAUAUGUCCAGAGAACUUCCCUGCUGUAGAUGCUGUCGUUUCAGAUAGACCCAUAAGAUUAAUUUCAACUCAACAAAUGAAUAUUGGCAUGAGCCGAGGUAAUUUAUUAGCAGCACAAAUGGCUAGACACAUGAGUUCAAGUCCUCAAGUUAUACUUUUAUCUCAAAUUCCUUGGGCAAAUGUUCAAAAGCCUCUAACACAAGCCUCAAAGAUACAAGAGACUCAGCACAUAGUAGAAACCCAAGAGGCUACUCCUUUUGUAGGAAUUGUUGUGGCAGAUGAUAAAUCUUGCUAUAAACCAUUAUUUAAACAGAUGAAUAAGAUGCCAGUUAUCUUUGAUAACUCAGUACCACGUGGAUACUACUUUACACCAUUUACACAGCCUCCAAAGGAUCCAUCAGUACUUCUUGCUAAAUUUGCCAAUUAUUCAAAGCAAAAGGAAGAGUGCAAUGCUGCGCAAAUGGGUCCAUCUGAUAAUGGAUUCUGCGAACUCUGCGGAUGUUCGUUUAAAAAUGCACAGGCUCAUCGCAUGAGUCCAGAACAUGUUAAUAAUAUGCAGGUAGAGAAGAAAUGGGCAGAAUUUGAUGCAUUAUCUGAUUUAUUUCUUGGCAUAAUGUAG